ACUUUAAUAGAAGUAUUCAUAAAAUCGUUAUUUUUACGGGAAAUGAUCAAAAUUUAACGUCAAUCGAUAGGGAAUUUUAUUGUCAUUAAUUUAAGACUGCAUAACAGUUCACCCAAACUCGCGAACAAUUUAAAAAAUUGCAUUUGUUACAUGAGAAAUUGUUUGGAUAAUUACUAGUCCGUUAUCACUUCAGGGAACAAAAUGGUGGAUGCGCUCACCUGGUUUAUAUAGAGCCCUACUGAAAAAAGGAAAUCAGUAUCGUAUCACUGAUAAACUAGAGCUUCUCUUGCUCCUGUUAGAAAUAGAAAAUUUGUAAGCGAAUAUUAAGCAUUCUUAUAAUAAAAAUGCAAGGUGAAAACUUCGACGUAAUGCAUGCGAUUAACCCGUUCGCCGAUGAUGACCUUCCGCCGGCGAUUUUACAACACCAUCCACUCAAUCCAGUUUUAUUACAUGGACCUGCUGUAAUUGGUGUAUUCCAUUUUCCACCGAAUCCACUCGACUUACCCUGCGCCUAUGAUCAGGCAGGACGGAAUUACGUGAUUCACACGUUGCAGAUGAUGUUCGGAUUCUCUAUCCGAGCGAUAUUUUGUAUCUACUAUGAUCAAACGAAUUGUCGUUAUAUUCUACUUCUAUCAAGAGAUGCUGCUAUAUUUCAAGUUCGGUCUGCGUCGAAAACUGUAAUCGAUUGCGUAUCAAAGUGGUUUAAUUGUCAAGUCGACUACGCAUUCAGUAACCGAUCGUUGACGGUAUAUUACGACAUAGAACAGAGUGGACUGCUCCUUAGUUUUUCACGUAAAACGCCAUGUGACCAUUCGCAGUUUCCUCCACUAAAUAUAACGCCGAUGCACCAGGGAAUUUAUCAACACAACAUCGAUCUCCCCUGUGCUGAUACACCUCAACAUCGCCAGUACGUAGUCGAAAAAAUGAACGAAGCUUUCGGAUGCGCUCAUGAUUUUACGGUAUGCUUGUCAAACCCUAAUAAAAACAAAUGUCGCUACGUAGUCGUCUUGCGAAGAAAUAUUCCCAUUUACGAAGUACCUGGUGCUAUGACUUCCGCCAAACAAGUAAUCUUAAUGAAAUUCAACGUUAGGUUUGACCAAAUGAUCAGCACUCACAAGAAAGUUUCAUGGAACGAGCUUGGACAAGAGCGUUUACUCAUUGGAAUAGCACCACCCGCUUGCGAAGGCCACACGCCCAGGGCUGUUAAUACGAAACGAAACGAAACGAAAGACACGGAACGAAACGGAAAAUUUUCCCUCUGGACACGAAACGAGACACGAAACGAAACGAAUCAAAAAAAUUACACGAAACGAAACGUUAUAACGAAACGAAUCAUUUCUAUUUCUUCAAUUUUUGAUUUUUCAUUGCAAGUUUUUUUGUAAAUUUCGGCCAAAUUUUGUCAAAUUCACUCAAAUUUCAUCCAUUUAGAGCCUCUAGAGGGGUUCUCUUCUUCAUUUAUUAAUGAAAUUGUCCACUUUUCUCACUUUUUUGGCUGAAAGGAAACGAAACGAAACGACACGAAACGGCACGAAACGAAAUGAUACCACUUUUAUGGAACAAAACGAAACGGUAUAACGAAACAGUUUGGUUCAAAGAGCUCAACCGAAACGAAACGAUACGUUUACGUUUCGUGUCUAACAGCCCUGCACACGCCACCUCCAGAAAACUAAAUUCGUUGCUCGAUACCCGAUACAAUAGGUAUUUCAAAUAUUUUACAACAAUAAAUACGUUUUAAUUAAUUUAAU